AUGGAUUGUGUGGUGGAACUUGCAGCCCUCGAAAUUGCCCUGGAAGGCUUGCGAGGAUGCUCGUUUGAUCGGUUGGUAACUUUGAUGCAAGAAUAUCAUCCCGAUAUUGUUAUGGAUGAGGAUAUGCAAAGGGCUGUGUGGAUGAACCUCUUGAGAUGCCCAAAGUUAUUGAUUUAUAGGGUGUCGGACAACACUUCCGAUGAAACAACUGGUGAUGCUUCUGCUCCCUCAACAUCUAAAACUCAAAAAAACAAAAAAGCACCACAAAAGAAUGAUUAUCAGUAUACAACUGAAGGAUUUGCAGAAUAUGCAGAAAGCAAGAAUGGUUUUGAUAAAAGGUUUGCAAAAAAACGAGAUUUCAUACAAGAUGUUACUACCAUUCAUCAGUCAUUGGAGACAUCAUUUAAUUCCAGGAAUUAUUCUGACAUUUGUUUAGUAGGCAAUUUUGAGUACAGGAAGUAUGCUUUGGGUAUGGACGUUAGAUCUGAUGUAGAAAUUAGCGAAAUUCAAUUUUGUUUGCUAGAGGAAGUUGGAAGAUCUAGAUACACUGGAAAAUAUCAAAGCGACCUUACCAAGUAUUUAAACAUUGAUUCACGAUCAACACUGUACCACUUAAAACGAUUGUAUGGUCUCAAUUUGAUGUUUAAAAAGUCUGCAUACGAUCCACGAUUGAAAACAAAUUCUAAUUUGGUACGGCUAUUCAGAUUUGCUGACGCUAAGAAACAACAACUUUUUGUCAAAAAAACGAGCGAAGUUGUCCAAGCAGAGGGAAUGUAUGAAAAGUUUUCACAGGUAAAGGACUCCGUUGUGGACACUGUGGUGGGCAUGCUACAGAAAGCCAAGGGAAACGUUUUAAUCGAUUACGAGAUUCGAAAAAAGCUAUUGGACUUUAUUGAAGACGACACAACUCAAAAACAUAAAUGGGACAGGUUAAAAGCCAUUCUACAGGCCAGUGGAAAAGUUGAAUACUUCAAAGCAAUGGUAGACAAUAGAUUGACCUACUGUGUCCGAUUAGUAGGCGACGCUCAAAAUUUAACAAACAGGUCGUCAGCUCGUCAAGUAGAUUUAUCAGAGGACGAACGUCUACUGAUGCCUGGAUUUGAUAUGGAGCGACCUCAACUUUAUCAAAUGUUUGAUUAUAUCGGCAAGAUGGGAGGUAACAAUGGCUUGAUUCACAACGAAAUUUAUCAACAUUUCAUGAUGACUGCAAAGCUAAGCGGAAACUUGUGCAAUGAUUUGAGAAAAGAGUUUGGGGUUACCUCUAUGGCGGAAAAGUCAGACAAGCAAAUGACGUAUAGAUUUGUUGUACCUUAUUCAUCAGAGAAUAUUUCUCAUGAUACGACAUCUGUAGAGGGUCAUACAAGCAAGGCAGAUGUUGACAAAGAACCACAGGUAUUAUUCCCUACUAGAUUGAACAUCACCACCAAACCUAGGAAGAGAAAUCAACGUGAAAAAAUUGAUGAAGAAGUAGCUUCAGACUACAGUGAAACAAGCUCUCAACAGAGUGACGAAGAUAUAGAAGAGAUUGAUACUAAGUCCACCACUUCUGAAAAUGUCACUGCACCUGUUCCCACACCCUAUAUCAGAAAUAAUAGCAAAACUGAAGGCCCUAGAAAAGAAGUUAUUACGAAAGAAUUCUCGGAUAGAUGUAAAUUAGCUCUUGAAUUCAUCAAAGAAAAACAAUGUGUUGCUCGUUUUCAGUUGAUAGAACACUUUAAACAAAAUAAUACAAGUUACGAAAGUAAGACCAUGUCAAGAUUGAUACGGUAUCUAGAGAAUAACAAACUGGCAAAGAAGAUUCAUAUCACAGUCCCAAAUCUUUUUGGCACAACAACAAAAGAGCAUGUUUGUUUGAUAGAUUAUUCUCUUGAUCUUCAGUCUGAUGUUGUUCAAGAAUUUACCAAGAGUCUUUAUUCCAGCGAAGUUCAAACUAAUUCCAAAGAAAAAGUUGAUAGAAGUACAUUAGAAUCAUUUGAAGCUAUUGAUCACAUUGAACCCAAGAAGGCAGCAAAAAGAUCGUCGAACACCUCUUCGUUCCACUUAUUGCUAAAUGGCUACAUUAACGCCAAAAUGGUCAGAGUGAAAAUAUUUCACAAGUAUUUAUGGAAACAAGCCUUCACUGGAGCAAUUAACUGUGAGAGACUACGCCUUUUUGAUAUUUACAAGAAUAUGAGCGUAUUAUUAUUUUGUGAGCUCGUUGGUUGUAUUAGCAGUGUUAUUGUAACUCCUGAAAAUAAGGGAAUUCUACAAAAUACUACCAUUAAUGAUGCCCAAGAGGAUAUUAAAAAGGCAAUAGAAUCAUCUGUGGUGGGAAGACGUUCAGUAGCUCUCUCAAAAGUAGAACAAUUUAUUGAUAUACUCAACAAGUUGGGGUUAGUAGAGAUUUUACCUGAGGAAUCAGCAUCUAAAGUAUUCAACCUUGUGAAGACGGUAGAGUUUCCCUUUCCACAACAGCUUCCCUCAACGGAAUAUAGAAAAGUUACGUUCAACACGUUGGACGAUAUUGAUGAAUAUUGGGAUGACCUCGAGAUGUGUAGCAUAAACAUGGAAAAUAUUAGGAACGAAAAUGAUGACGAUCAACAAACAGAAACAUCAAUAUUCUCCAAAAUACCUGAUCUUGGGAAAAGAACUGGCUGGUCAGAAUUACGACAUUUUACUCUGCGUCAUUUGAGAAUAUUGGAAGCCUCCUACAAGGACAAUAAGCGCCCUUCUCCUGAGGAGUGCUCUAGCAUUGCAAAACAAUUAAGACAUCCAAUAGAGCAAGUUAUUCUUUAUUUCUAUAGAUACAGAACGGAGAUACUGACAAAUAGAAUUGAUGGUGAUUCAUCCAUUAGAAAUUCAAGAAAACGAAGAAUUGCUAAAGAUAAUGAUUUUAUUGUAAAUGAUGAUGAGAUUGAAUAUGAAGACGAGCAAACAGGCAACAAAGGAGAAUCUAAUAAGCAACAGAAAUCAACAGCAACGCGACUUGGAUAUGUGUCUAGACUAUUUAUUGAUAAGGCAUCAGAAACAGUAAAACGGAAAAAAAGAAAGAAAAAGCCCAAAGAAAAGACAUUGCCAACCCGAGACCAAAAGUGGACAAGCGAUCAAGAUUUAAAAUUGUUAGACGGUUUGUCAAAGGUUAGAGAACUUGAUCCUGCAACUGGAACCUUUUUAACGAAACCAAUUAAAUGGCAACAGAUUGCCGAUUCUAUUGGAGGAGGAAUGACAGCAAACAGAUGUAGGUUAAGAUGGACUAAUGUCCUACGAAAGCUUCCUUGGUGUCGUCGUGCUCUUGAACUUGCCGUAGGCCAUAGAGAAUUGAUGAAAAGCAACCCUCAUAUUGAAAAUAUAUCAAUUACAGACCUUGUUCAAAGCUGUAAAGACCAAUAUAAGAUGGGAUCAACGGUAUCUCAAAGCCCCUUGUUGAAUAUUGAUCUACCAAAACACAUAGAAGAUGUAAAUAGACAUUUUAAGAUUAUUAGGUUCGAAGGAAUCAAAAACGAAGACUUACCUUCCACAGAUGUUUCCGAAAAUAUCGUGUCGAUUGAGAGUCAUCUAAGAAAUGCGUCAUUAGAAAAUCUUUUCAAGAUUAUUCUGCUGACACCGGAUGAAUGUUAUGACGUUAAGAUGGCGAACAGACUUGUUAAGAGGUUCAAGCCUAAAGAAAUAAGUCAAUGUUUCUCAAAUCUACGAAAGAAGUCAAUAAUUUCAAAGUCAAAAAGAGGUCUUCGUAUGAAAGGAUAUCAUCUAAAUGUUAACUUUUCAACAAGAAUGACAUCAGCCUAUUUUCCAACAGAGGUUUUUGAAGACGCACCCAAAUUUAAAAAAGCAGCACUGAUGCUCGAUACGGAACAGGAUUCUGAUAACGAAGAUGAAUUUGAGGCUAAACAGGUAAUAUUCUCAAAAGAUGGACCUUGCUUCAACCCACAGGCUUCUGGAGGUUCUGUUGCAGCCUGUAUGAGUCUUGUAAUACUCAAUGAGAUAAAACUAGUUCCACAGGUCACACCUUUAACAGACGAAGAACGAAAUCAAUCAGGAAGAAACGAUAAAGAACUGGCAGAGGAAGAUGGAGGAGGAGUAAGCAAUCACCUACUUAGAGUUGGUGCUAUCAGACAUGGCGAACACGACUCGCAUUUUAUUGCUGAAGGUAUGAACAUUAAGAGCUCUCAAGGAGCAUUGCAACUGCCAGAAUGGAAUAUUAGUAUUACCCCUGUUAUAGAGGCUGAUCUUUUCAACACACUUGGAGAGGAACACCAAACUUUGGCUAAGAGAACAAUUGCUGAAUAUGGCGCAAUCAUGUCAGACAUUGAAUACUCAAUUGAACUUUCUGGUCAAAAUAAGAGAAAGCUUGACGAUUUCUCAGAGGAUGAUGACCAAGAAGAAAAUCCUUUAAAAAAGCAAAAAGAUGACCAUGCUCCAACUCAAUCCGAAAUUACUGCAUAUUUGCAAACUUUUGCAGCUCAACACUCUUUACCAAGACAAUUCUCUGAACAAGAUUUGCAUGUACUUGAAAAUCUUGAGCAUCAACAGUUGAAACCUAUUGUGGAAUAUUUAUUGAUGGCCAAACACGAAAAUUGUACAUUCUGGAUUGACUCUACCAUUUCUAUCUACAAGUUUAUUGCUGACAAAUCAAGCGUAGGAGCUUCCAUGAACGAAUUGAAGAAAGAAUUUUCAUCACUAUUUGCCUAUGAUGAUGAAGUGGAGUUUUCCAUUCAGGAAAUAGUUCAACAGCUAAUUAAUUUUGACUGUAUUAUGGAAAUUAACUCGGAAGAAGAAUCCAGAUUUAUGAUUUCACAGGAGGCGAGAUUACAUACCAUUCCAUACAACGACAAUGGUGUGACAUUGCAAAGACCAAUCUCAGUGUUUCUUCAACUUAAUGGCGAGCUUAAUGAUAACUUGUUGCAAAAUUUUAAACGGUGCCUUGUUUCUAGAAUAAUGAGACAUCCUGGUAUCUUGGAGAAAUCGCUCAUCUCUUCAAUUGGAGUAAUUUCAUCUCAUGAUAUCAGAACAGUGCUAAAGAUGCUUGAAUCAGAAAACAUUAUCACAUCUACGUAUUUCCAAGCAUCAUCAAAGUACAAACUUGCAUCAAAAAACACCUUAUUCAUGACAGAAGAAGAAAUAGAAGAACAUCAUUGCGAGCCUCAAUAUGAUAGAGCACUUUUUGUGACUCCACGCUAUGUAUUCCUUGCCCAACAAUCACUAUGCUGA